GCGCGCACGGGCGAUGGCGAAAGCGAGGUCCGGCGCCGCAGGGCUGGGGCUGAAGCUGUUUUUGCUGCUGCCGCUACUGGGAGAAGCCCCGCUGGGUCUCUACUUCUCAAGGGAUGCUUACUGGGAGAGGCUGUAUGUGGACCAGCCAGCUGGCACACCUCUGCUCUAUGUCCAUGCCCUACGGGAUGCCCCUGGAGAAGUGCCCAGCUUCCGCCUGGGCCAGUAUCUCUAUGGCGUCUACCGCACGCGUCUGCAUGAGAAUGACUGGAUCCACAUCGAUUCGGGCACUGGCCUCCUCUACCUCAAUCAGAGCCUGGACCAUAGUUCCUGGGAGCAGCUCAGCAUCCGCAAUGGCGGCUUCCCCUUGCUCACCGUCUUCCUCCAGGUCUUCCUGGGGUCCACAGCCCAGAGAGAGGGAGAGUGUCAUUGGCCAGGCUGUGCCCGUGUGUACUUCUCCUUCAUCAACGACACCUUCCCAAAUUGUAGCUCCUUCAAAGCCCGGGAUCUCUGCACCCCGGAGACGGGUGUGUCCUUCCGCAUCAGGGAGAACAGGCCCCCUGGCACCUUCUACCAGUUCCGCAUGCUACCUGUGCAGUUCCUUUGUCCUAACAUCAGUGUGAAGUACAAACUCUUAGAAGGGGACGGUCUGCCCUUCCGUUGUGACCCCGACUGUCUGGAGGUGAGCACGCGGUGGGCGCUGGAUCGGGAGCUUCAGGAGAAGUAUGUGCUGGAGGCUGAGUGCGCAGUGGCAGGCCCUGGAGCCAACAAGGAGAAGGUGGCCGUGUCCUUCCCGGUGACGGUGUAUGAUGAAGACGACUCCCCGCCCACCUUCUCCGGAGGUGUGGGCACCGCCAGUGCUGUGGUGGAGUUUAAGCGGAAGGAGGGCACUGUGGUAGCCACUCUGCAGGUGUUUGAUGCAGAUGUGGUGCCAGCAUCUGGGGAGCUGGUGAGGCGGUACACAAGCACACUACUCUCAGGGGAUUCCUGGGCCCAGCAGACCUUCCGGGUGGAGCACACACCCAACGAGACCUUGGUCCAGUCCAACAACAACUCCGUGCGGGCAACCAUGCACAAUUACAAGCUGGUUCUCAACAGGAGCCUGUCCAUCUCAGAGAGCCGAGUCCUGCAGCUAGUAGUCCUGGUCAAUGACUCAGACUUCCAGGGGCCUGGGUCAGGUGUUCUCUUCCUCCAUUUCAACGUGUCUGUGCUGCCUGUCACCCUGAACCUACCCAUGGCCUACUCCUUCCCAGUGAAUAGGAGAGCCCGCCGUUAUGCCCAGAUUGGGAAAGUUUGCGUGGAGAACUGCCAGGAGUUCAGCGGUGUCUCCAUCCAGUACAAGCUGCAGCCCUCCAGCACCAACUGCAGUGCCCUAGGUGUGGUCACCUCAACAGAAGACACCUCAGGGACCCUAUAUGUAAAUGACACGGAGGCCCUGCGGCGACCUGAGUGUACCGAGCUUCAGUACACAGUGGUAGCCACUGACCGGCAGACCCGCAGGCAGACCCAGGCUUCGUUAGUCGUCACAGUGGAGGGGACAUACAUUGCAGAAGAAGUGGGCUGCCCCAAGUCCUGUGCAGUAAACAAGAGGCGACCUGAGUGUGAGGAGUGUGGUGGCCUGGGUUCUCCAACUGGCAGAUGUGAGUGGCGUCAGGGAGAUGGUAAAGGGAUCACCAGGAACUUCUCCACCUGUUCUCCUAGCACCAGGACCUGUCCUGAUGGCCACUGUGAUGCUCUGGAGAGCCGGGAUAUCAACAUUUGCCCCCAGGACUGUCUCCGUGGCCCCAUUGUUGGCGGGCAUGAGCGAGGGGAGCGCCAGGGGAUUAAAGCCGGCUAUGGCAUCUGCAACUGUUUCCCUGAUGAGAAGAAGUGCUUCUGCGAGCCAGAGGACAGCCAGGGCCCAUUGUGCGAUGAGCUGUGCCGUACGGUCAUCACAGCCGCUGUCCUCUUCUCCUUCAUAAUCUCUGUCCUGCUGUCCACCUUCUGCAUCCACCGCUACCACAAGCAUGCGCACAAGCCACCCAUCGCGUCAGCCGAAAUGACCUUCUGCCGGCCGGCCCAGGGCUUCCCAAUCAGCUAUUCUUCCUCGGGCACCCGCCGGCCCUCACUGGACUCCAUGGAGAACCAGGUCUCUGUGGACUCUUUCAAGAUCCCGGAGGAUCCGAAGUGGGAAUUUCCUCGGAAGAACUUAGUUCUUGGGAAAACCCUGGGAGAAGGCGAGUUUGGAAAAGUAGUCAAGGCCACAGCCUUCCGUCUGAAAGGCCGGGCAGGAUACACCACAGUGGCUGUGAAAAUGCUGAAAGAAAACGCCUCCCAGAGUGAACUACGAGACCUGCUCUCUGAGUUCAACCUUCUGAAACAAGUCAACCAUCCACAUGUCAUCAAGUUGUACGGGGCUUGCAGCCAGGAUGGGCCACUUCUUCUCAUUGUGGAGUAUGCAAAGUAUGGAUCCCUGCGGGGGUUCCUGCGGGACAGCCGCAAGAUCGGGCCUGCCUAUGUGAGCAGUGGAGGCAGCCGCAAUUCCAGCUCCCUGGACCACCCAGACGAAAGGGUGCUGACCAUGGGCGACCUCAUCUCCUUCGCCUGGCAGAUCUCGAGGGGUAUGCAGUACUUGGCUGAAAUGAAGCUCGUACAUCGAGACUUAGCUGCCAGAAACAUCUUGGUGGCAGAGGGACGGAAGAUGAAGAUCUCUGACUUUGGGCUGUCCCGAGAUGUUUAUGAAGAAGAUUCCUAUGUGAAGAAAAGCAAGGGCCGGAUUCCCGUCAAAUGGAUGGCAAUCGAGUCUCUCUUCGAUCACAUCUAUACCACUCAAAGUGAUGUGUGGUCCUUUGGAGUGCUGCUAUGGGAGAUUGUGACCCUGGGAGGCAACCCCUACCCUGGAAUUCCUCCUGAACGACUCUUCAACCUUCUGAAGACAGGCCACAGGAUGGAGAGGCCAGACAACUGCAGCGAGGAAAUGUACCGCCUGAUGCUGCAGUGCUGGAAGCAGGAGCCGGACAAGAGGCCAGUAUUUGCUGACAUCAGCAAGGAUCUGGAGAAGAUGAUGGUCAAAAGCAGAGACUACUUGGACCUGGCUGCAUCCACCCCUUCGGACUCACUGCUCUAUGACGAUGGGCUCUCGGAAGAGGAGACGCCCCUGGUGGACUGUAACAGUGCUCCCCUCCCGCGCUCCCUCCCUUCCACAUGGAUUGAAAACAAACUCUAUGGCAUGUCAGACCCGAACUGGCCUGGAGAGAGUCCUGUACCACUCACGAGAGCCGAUGGCACUAGCACUGGGUUCCCAAGAUAUGCAAAUGAUAGUGUAUAUGCUAACUGGAUGGUUUCACCCUCAGCGGCAAAAUUAAUGGACACAUUUGAUAGUUAACAUUUCUUUGUGAACGGUAAUGAACCUCCCAAGGGGGAAGAAACAUGCCAAGAGCAUCAAGUCCACCGACCACUUUGUGCACAUCAUACUGGCCAAGACCAGCCUCAGGUGGCAGACUUGUUUUCUGUAGUUUGUUUUAGCUGGUUUCCAAAGUGGUUUUACUUCAAGUAGCCAGUGAUCCUCCCUCACGGUGGUCCUCCCUCCUAGCACAUCUGCCCCACUGGGUGGGUGCUCUGAGUCUCUGGUUAGAUCCCCUUUCCCUUCAGCAUUGGGUAGCACCUCUGUUGGUCUGCUCAUCAGUAACUACCAUGAGCUCUUGUGUUCACAUGUGUGGGGUCUGCCAUUACAACUUGGAUGAGAAAUUGUACCUGAACUGUCUGAUUUUCCUGGUUGAUUAAAAAACUACCACGCACCCCCCCCAAAUGUUUUUAACAUGAAGCACACAUACAAACAACAUCAGUUGAAAAACCUGGCUGGAGUGACCUGCCCUUGUUUAGAAUGAAAGCCCAGCAUAAGUCUGGGCAGUUGGAUCCAGCCAGGUCCACUAGGGUUGGAGGGGAGAAGGGAGCCUCAGGGCUGUCCUUGGCCCAGCAUAUGACAUCCUGAAUAUAGAUUUUUUUUUUGAGUUUUUUUUUUUUUAACCAUGUAGCCUUUUCUUAGGAAAACGUUGUUUCUGACGUGGUUAAGCGGCUCUUAGAUUUAGCACAAUUGAGAGAUUGGGUGUUGCCCUUGCUUGUACAAGGCAGCUCGAAAGAAGUGGCCCCAUAAGACACAGUCCCCCUGUUGAGCCCAGGGCAUCAUUCUCCUGUUCAGCGCUGCGUGACACCUACCCGCAGACCAGAACAGGGUGAAGAAGCAGGGCAUUUGGAGUGGAGCAGCCUUCAGGCCCAGAAUUGCUGGCAGCAGAGGCCUUGAGCCACAAAUGCUGCACCCCCAGCACAGCAUUCCGCAGAACGCCCUACCCACCUGAGAGUGUGCUUGACCUCUGAUGGGGCAGGCAGGUCUGCCUUGUUUUAAUCACUACCUUGUCAGCUCAUGCCCGGAGGGAAGGACAGUUCAUCUAGUUGUAUUAGAGGUUUCCCUGACAACGACUGAGGUGAGAGAAUGAGGUUUUGGCUCUUAUAGAGCUUGUGUGAAAGGCACAUGGAUCAGCUCUCCCCAUCCGACAUUUAUGCUGCUGCUAUGGUACGUGUUUUGGUCUCCUCCGUUCUGACCACGACUCCCGUGUAAGGUUCUUGUCUUUCUGUACUGACGGUUGUAGCCUCAGACAUUCUGCACUCCUCUGGGGUUUUAGGGGUGGCUCUUGGAAGUUUCUUUGGCUGUCUAUGGACUUGUCACUUCCCACGAAAAGGUCACAUUACCAAAACACUGCCUGGUCUUCAGACUUCAAGCACUGUGAUAGGACUUUUAAAUAGUCGUAAUAAAAUACUAUAUUUUAUGGGCAUUUCACAAACACAGUAAAAUUGUGACAUUUUAUGUGGCUGAGAAUGCUCAGAUAAGUACACCGGAUAGAGCCUUACGGAGUGUGUGUAAUACUUGUGUGUGCACACAGCCAGACGGAAAGAUGAAAAAUGCUUAUUUCAGCAUAUAAUAUGGCUUUAGUUUGGGCCAUUUUUCUUUCAGAUACACUGUGAUAAGAUUUUUUUUAAUAUAAAUAUCUCUAGUCAUGGGAUCCAUUUUGUUUUUCAGAUGUGCUUAAUAAUAGUUUUAUUAAAUGCAGAAAUACAGAUAAGUUCAAAUUACUCAACAUGCCUACACAGUAUUGCUACAGCAGGUUUAGCUUCAAGGGCUGAGCUCCAUGUCUAAAUAGCUGACCCAUCUGUGGGGAAUUAACACUUGACUAAUAACCAUUUGUCUGUCUGUUCCUGAGAUACAAAAGUACCCAUACUUGUUAAAAGUACCUAUACCUGUUAGCACUAUCAGACAGAUUUUUCAUCUACAUAUAUGCAGAAGUUACCACAUAUUAAAUAUUACUGAGUAUUAAGUAGCAAUCUGUCAGCCACUAAAAUUUGUAAGAUCCAUUUAAGAAAGGCUAUUAAACCGUACCAUGUUGACUUGUUUUUGUAAUCAAGGUGACUAAGGAAAUGAUUUCAGCUGUGUAAAUAAAAUUAUAAAUC